AUGUCAUUUGGUCAUAUUAGGUAAGUAAACGGUUUUAAUAAGUUUUUUUUUGAAAAAUUUGUGUCGUUUUUGAUUACGUAAACUUAAUUUUUGUUAUUGUUUUAUAAAAAAAGUUUUUAGCGGCAGACAUUUCAACCCAGCAGUUACUUUGUCUGUCACUUUGGUUAGGAAAUUAAAUCCUAUUUUGCUACCGUUUUAUUGGCUGGCGCAAUUGUCUGGUGGAUUUUGUGGCGCUUUAGCUGUUAGAGUAAAAUUUUUGUUAUUUUUCAUUGAUAUUAAUAGUUAUUGUUAAGUUUAAAAAGAUUUUUUACAAAUAAUGUUUUAAAUUUUUUACGAUUUUCGUUUUAGGCAGUAACGACUGAAACUGGAUAUGCGACAAUUUUAGGUGGAGCGACUUGGCCAAUUGGUUGGUUAUCCGGCCAUUGGCAUCAUGGGCUUAUCGUCGAAACCAUAUUGACUUUUAUCUUGUGUCAAACGGUACUUAUGUGUGCAGUUGAUACUAACACAAAUGUUAUCGCUGGAUUAUGUAUUGGAUUUGCCAUUGCUUUGGACUUUCUUGGGGGGUAAUUUAUAAUUAACAAAAACAUUUAUAAAUUACCAAUUUAUAUAAAAAUGAACUGUAUAUGACUGCAAUUUUUAGUGGUAACACCAGUGGAGCGAGUAUGAAUCCAGCGAGAUCUUUUGGCCCUUGUGUAGUUGCAACAUUGUUCGAGGCGCAUCAUGAAGAUAUUUGGGGUUACCAUUUUAUUUAUUGGGUUGGUCCAUUUUUGGGCGCUGCGCUUGCUUCUCUAGUUUAUAAGUAAGUUAUUUAAGAUUAUUAGUCUUUAUAAAAACAAAAUUGCGUUCGUUCUUAUUAAAGUUUUAUUUUCAGAGUGAUCUACGCUGCAGAUGAUUACCGUUUACUGCCUUAA